AUGGUAGAGCACGUGCAGGGUAAACGCACACUGAAAACAAACAAACAAACCGCCCACGUUGUCGAUGUUGGGCCGGUGUCGGACGCAAGCAAGCACGCCACCGGCAGUGCCCUGUUGCACACGGGCGGGAAGGAACUGAUCUCCCUGCAGGAGCUGUAUUCUGUGGCGGGGGGCGCCGUGGGGGUGUUUGACGGCCUCUACCUUGCCCGCCUGACGGACAUGGCGGAGCGGGUGAAGUCGGUGGUACGGGCCUGGAGGGAGACCGACAGUAACCUCCCGAUGGCAUGCACCCAACCGGUGAAAUCGGCGGCAGCGGAAGGCGACUGCGGCGUUCCGAUGCCCGCAGCCGGGCUGGUCGGCUUUUUGCUGGCACCGUGGCCGACGGCCAGUGGAAGGACGAGUA